AAUAAAAAUAUGGUUUCAAGAAGAAGUAGAUUUUUUUGUUUGUUUUUUUUAGUUUCAUCAUGUUUAUUUAAUUUGUCUAAUUCAGAUGAAUUAAAAGUUGUGGUGAAAGGAGUUACAUCUAUAGCUCAAACAGAUGAUAAUUUCAUAUGUGCAACAUUAGAUUGGUGGCCAGAAAAUAAAUGUGAUUAUAAUCAAUGUCCAUGGGGAAAAGCUGGUAUUCUUAAUCUGGAUUUGAAAAACAGGAUUCUUACAAACGCUGUUAAAGCAUUUAAUCCACUAAGACUCAGAAUAGGAGGUUCAUUACAAGAUCAAGUUUAUUACAAAGUUGGAAAUUACCCCAAAAAUUGCUCAAAUUUUGAGAAAAAAUCUGAUGGACUCUUUGGAUUUAGUGAUGGAUGUCUUCACAUGAAUAGAUGGGAUGAAUUGCAUGACAUGUUCAACAAAACAGGAGCCGCGAUAACAUUUUCAUUCAAUGCUUUAAUUGGAAGAAUACCAUCGGAUGAAAAUGAUACAACUCUUUGGGUUGGAGAUUGGAAUCACUACAAUGCAAAAUCAUUGAUGAAAUACACUCUCAAUAAGGGAUACAAAAUUGACUCAUAUGAGUUAGGUAAUGAGCUUUGUGGAAGUGGAGUUGCUGCAAAAAUAAAGGCUCAUCAAUAUGGUAAUGAUGUUAAGAAAUUGAAGAAACUUGUCACACAUAUGUAUCCUAAUCCUGCUAAUAGACCAAAAAUCUUGGCCCCUGGUGGAUUUUAUGAUCAAAAAUGGUUCCAAGAGUUCCUUGAAACAACUGGUCCGGGCGUUGUCGAUGGAUUGACACAUCAUAUUUACAACCUUGGAGCAGGUGUUGAUCCAACUUUGAUUGACAAACUUCAGAAUCCAUUUUUCCUAAGUCAGAUAGCUCAAACAUUUAAGAAUGUUGAUAAUGAUGCUAAGUUGUUUUCACCAUCAUCUGGACCAUGGGUUGGUGAAUCUGGUGGAGCUUAUAACAGUGGUGGCAAAACCACUUCACACACCUUCGUUAACGGCUUCUGGUACUUGGAUCAAUUGGGAAUGACAUCAACAUUCAACCAUAAGGUAUACUGCAGACAAUCUUUAAUAGGAGGAAACUAUGGUCUUCUCAACACAACAAGUUUCAUCCCAAAUCCAGAUUACUAUGGUGCUCUUCUAUGGCAUAAGCUUAUGGGAAAGAAUGUGCUUUCUAUUACUCAUGAAGGCUCUCCCUACAUCCGCACUUACGCACAUUGCUCAAAGACAAGUGGUAUUACAGUUCUACUAAUCAACAUGGAUAAGUCAACUACCUUUGAUGUCUCUGUUGUCGAUGACUUGAAUAUGUACGCUGAAGGUGUUGCAUCGGUUGAGUAUAUAAAUCCAAAUCCUGAUAGUGUUGAUUCUAUGCAUCCAAGAGAAGAGUACCAUUUGACUCCAAAAGAUGGAAACAUUCAGAGUGAUGUCUUGUUGCUAAAUGGAACUCCAUUGAAGCUCACUUCCUCAUUGGACAUCCCGGUAAUGAAGCCUAAGCUCGUUGAUCCAACGUUGCCCAUCAGUGUUGCUCCUCAAUCUAUCGUCUUUGCUACCCUGAGAGGUUUCCAGGCUCCUGCUUGUGCAUAGAGAAUUCACAGAGUUUAAUCUAUUAAUUUACAUUUUUAGAUAUGGAUAAGUACAUUAGGUCCUUCUUAUUUGUUUAGAGAAGUUUCAGAUUAAACUUUAGUUUAUUUUAUUGUUUUAGUAAAGUUGUUUUAUAUUACAUUGUUAGUUUUGCUGUCUUUAUUUCUUGUGUUGGUUUCUGAUUAAGGAAUUUGAAUCUAUAUAAACCUGAAAAGAACUCAAGAUUCCUACUUUUUCAGCUUUCUCGACAUACCUAAAGUAUCGCGGUUUUUCGAGUUCCAUACCUAACUAUCCUACCUGAGCUGAGAUGUGCUUUGAUAAAUAGCAGGUGAUAGUUCAAGUAUGAAACUCAUAAAACCGGGAUACUUUAGGUGUGUUUAUGACCGUCAACUCUUAAACGGAAUUUGAAUCUCUUCAAGAAAAAGCAAAGCAUUUAUAGCACAAGAAAAGAAUGUUCGAUAACUUUUGUUUGAAGAUCCAAAACCAAAGCCUUACAUGCAAAGAUACCUUAGCUUAAUCAUUAAAAUUCCUUCAAAAGCAGCAAAGCUUUUAUACCUGACAAAAAAGCUUCUUUUUUUCUUGUGCUUCUCCAAAAAAAAGUUUCAACUUUUUAUCUGAUCUUUGAAAUAGCUUUUUAAUAUAAGGCUCCAUUACACAAAGAAAGAAUGGAUAUGCUUAAGCAAAUAAGUUUACCGGUAUAGGAGAAGAAGAGAGAGGUGGCAGCAGCAGAGAUAGAACAAUACCACCACAGAAAACUCAACUUUUUAAAG